CAGAAAAGUGCAUUAUUAUUUUUGAAAGAUAUAAGAAAAAGUUGAUAUAGUUCUGCUCCCUUCGGAAGAAGGGCACCCUUAUUUGAAUUGCAUACCGCAAAUAGCGAAAUAGGGACCUCGUACGCUCUUGGUCCGUAUUUGUUUAGGGCUGAAUCAAAAUUACAAGAAGGAUAGAUGAGUGAAAGAGCUGUACCUAGAAGGGAGAGUCCGUGGGGUUUACCUGAAGGUGACACCAGACAACCAAAAGCCCACAGGUGCAACGACCGUGCUGAGGAUGUCAUCCAAGCAUGUUUUGAAGGGAACCCAUUCAAAACAGUUCCCGGCCCUUUCAAGUUGUUCUGGCAAUGGAAGAGCCCACAGAGCCAUACACUUAUUUGCAGCUGGAUCCACCAAAGAGGGAAGUAAAGCUCGAGUGAAGCAUCAAUUAUCAGAAAAGUAAAGCUCAAAAAAAAUUCAGAAAAGUGUUGUUUUUCUCUUGUUUUUUAAUGUGGAAAUAAGAAUUUUUUUAAAAAAGACAGAGGUGUUUAUGCUGAAGGAUGGCAUUGUUGUACUUGAUUAAGUGAGAGCAUGUUGUCUUGCAUAGUUGAAUUGAAUGAUCUUUUGUACAAAAAAACCCUUUUAUUCUAAUCUUUUCAAUAUAUCUCUAUCACUUGCAAAAAAAGUGUUUAAACAAGCUGGGGUUUUGAGAAAAAAAGGGGUGUUUCCGAUUAGAAAUGUCUGUGAAGACCCGAGGAGGAGGCGGCGGCGGCGGCGGAGGCGCCGGCGGCGGGAAGGUUUCAAGAAGCGGCCUUUCUAAAAAUUGGACCAUUUUUCUGUGUAUAAGCAGUUUCUGUGCCGGAGUGUUUUUCACCAGUAGAUUAUGGUCCAUUCAUGAAUCACAAGAAAUCAGUAAACCACCUACUUCUGGAGAUGAAAGCUUGAAGCUUGUAUCACAAGAUUGCAAUGUGAACAUAAAAGCAUUGAAAGGUGUCUUUGGGAAAGAUUCUAGAAAACAUGAUUCUAUCAAAACAUUGGACAAUGCCAUUUCAAGCCUAGAAACUGAGAUGGCUGUGGCUACUGAGUUAGAGGACACUGAGAAGAAUCCCACAUACAAAAAGCGAAGAAAAUAUUUUAUGGUCAUAGGAAUAAAUACUGCAUUUAGCAGCAGAAAGCGAAGAGAUUCUGUCCGUGCUACAUGGAUGCCACAAGGUGAACAAAGGAAGAAACUCGAAGAAGAGAAAGGAAUUAUAAUUCGCUUCGUCAUUGGCCAUGGUGUCACACCAGGGGGUAUACUUGACAAAGCUAUUGAUUCUGAAGAUAACAAGCAUGGAGAUUUCUUGCGACUGGAUCAUGUGGAAGGGUAUCUUGAGUUGUCUGCCAAGACCAAAAUGUACUUUGCCACUGCUGUGAAGCUAUGGGAUGCAGAGUACUACAUCAAAGUUGAUGAUGAUGUUCUUGUAAAUAUAGGAACACUUGGGGAAACACUAGCAAGACACCGUAAAAAACCUCGUGUAUACAUCGGGUGCAUGAAAUCCGGUCCGGUCCUAUCACAGAAGGGAGUGAAGUACCACGAACCGGAGUACUGGAAAUUCGGGGAAUAUGGAAACAAAUAUUUCCGCCACGCUACGGGACAAAUAUAUGGGAUCUCAAAAGACUUGGCUAUAUACAUUUCCACAAACCAGCAUAUGCUGCACAAGUAUGCGAAUGAGGAUGUUUCGUUGGGUUCUUGGUUGAUUGGUCUCGACGUGAUGCACAUUGACGAUCGCAGGCUGUGUUGUGGAACGCCACCCGAUUGUGAGUGGAAGGCUCAAGCGGGCAACAUAUGUGUUGCAGCAUUUGACUGGGCAUGCAGUGGGAUAUGCCGACCGGUGGAUAGGAUCAGGGACGUCCACCAGAGGUGCGGGGAGGGAGAAAACGCUCUGUGGAAUGCCACAACUUUCUGAAUAAUGAAACUGCCACUUGAUGAAAUCACACGAAGUAUACGUAUAGAUACACAUAGAGAGCGAUCGAGAGAUAGGAAUUUUUAUAGCAGAUGGUCUGUCAUAUAUAGCAGCAUGUUUUUUUUUAUUAUUAUAGCAGCAUAAAUAAUAAUAAGAAUAAUACUACUAGUAAACAAACAUAUCUAUAGUAUAAUUAGUGAAUGCAGAUCAUGUGUUAAUUCUGCAAAACAAAAAAAAGUUGAUUACUUUGAUGUCAUAGUUAGUGAUCAAAGUAGAGCAUUUGAGGAGUUAGAUAUACCAGACAAUAUAGCUGUUUGAGGGUU